AGCAUCACAGCCUUUCCUUCUCACAACAAUCCACCAACCCGUUACUAUCACACCAUGAACAUAGAUGAACUCUUCCAGAAAUCCGGGAUCCCCAGCAAACGCAAGCUGGAACCCGUCCGAGACCCAACCGAAAUCUACAAAUCCACCAAGCUCCCAUCCACCACCAACCGCCAUGCCCGCGUAGACGACUUCCACCAAGCCUACACCGAAGCAGGACCCCUCCCACCCACCGACGGCGACGACGAAGCCGACUACGGCCCGUCCGCCCCACCUCCCGACGACGACGAAGAAGAAGCAGGCGACGACGAAGAAGGCCGCUUCUUCGGCGGCGGCAUCUCGCGCACCGAGCGCGAGAUCCUCGACUUCGUCGACUCCGCCGGCAAUCAGGAGGAGGACGCCGCGAUCCCCGCCGACAGCGACGAAAGCGUCGACCUGUCGUGGCUCAAACGCACCGCGCUCGCCUUCGAGAAGAAGAUCACGCGCAACGCCGAGCUGCGCGCGCGCCACGCCGAUGAGCCGCACAGGUUCAUCGACUCCGAGGCCGAUCUGGACGCGGCCAUCAAGACGCUGUCGAUCCUGUCGGAGCACCCGAGCCUGUACCCGGACUUUGCGCGGCUGGGCUGCGUGGGCAGCCUCGUGUCGCUGCUGGCGCACGAGAACACGGAUAUUGCGAUCGACGCGGUCGAGAUCGUCGACGAGCUGACCGACGAGGACGUGGCCGCCAGCGAGGAGCAGUGGAGCGCGCUGGUGGAUGCCCUGCUCGAGGCCGAUCUGCUGGGUCUGUUGGUGAGCAACUUCCACCGGCUGGACGAGAGCCAGGAGGCGGACCGCGAGGGGGUGUAUCGCGGGUUGGGCGUGGUGGAGAAUCUGUGCUCGAAGCCCGAGACAGCCGAGGUUGUGGGCGCGGACGAGGCGCUGCUGAAGUGGUUGCUGGAACGGGCGGGGCGCGCGGAGAAGCCGGUGGGGCAGAACAAGCAGUAUGCGGCGGAGAUAUUGGCGAUUCUGGUGCAAAGUUCGACGAAGAAUCGGAGGAGGCUUGCCGAGUUGGACGCCGUAGAUGCGCUGCUGCAGCUCGUGGCGGCGUACCGGAAGCGGGACCCCGAGAAGGGCGGGGACGAGGAGGAGUACAUGGAGAACCUGUUCGAGGCGCUGACCUGCAUUGCGGAUGAGCCCGAGGGCAAGGCUAAGUUUGUCGACGCCGAGGGUGUCGAGCUGUGCUUGAUCAUGCUCAAGGAAGGGAAGCUGAGCAAACCGGCUGCGUUGCGCCUGCUCGACCAUGCCGCCACCGGGCCGGCCGGGAGCGGUGUCUGCCAGAAGAUUGUGGAAGCCGGUGGGCUCAAGACGACGUUCACCAUGUUCAUGAAGAAGCAGGACCAGCGGACAACGGAGCACCUCUUGGGCAUUUUCGCCUCCAUGCUGAGGCUCCUUCCGGCCGAUUCGGCGGAGCGGAUCCGCACAUUGAGCAAGUUCGUGGAGAAGGACUACGAGAAGACCGUGAAGCUGAUGAGGCUGAGAGGCGAGUACGCGGGCGUCAUGAAAGGGGUCGAUGACCGGAUCAAGGAGGAGCAGAGGGGGAUGAGUGAGGACGAGAGGGAAGAGAUGGCCGACGACUGGUUCUCUCGACGGCUCGAUGCCGGGCUGUUCUGUCUGCAGACCAUUGAUGUCAUCUUGGCAUGGCUGGUCGCGGAGGACGACGGGGCCAAGAAGAAGAUACAAGCGUUAUUAGCCGACAGGGACGAGACAUUUGCCACCAUCAGAGCGACGAUUCAGGAGCAGAUUGACGGGAUUGACGCCGAGACUGCGGAUGCGAAAGAGACGAAGGAGAUGCUGGCGACACUGGUAGAGUUUCUGGAAUGA